AUUGGUUUACUUUUUUGUCAUAUUCAGAAAUUAAACAAAAUUAAAUAGAAAGUGUUACUAAAAAUACCUAAAAACGAUAAGACAAUCCACAAUGGCAUUAGUUGCUUACGAUAACAGUGACUCAAGUGAUUUUGAGGACGAUGAGAAUACGUUCGCACAAACGAAGAAAGAAGAUAAAACACCUGAAGUGGAACCAGUUUUGGAACUUGAUAAAGUCAACAGCAUUUUCAACCUACUUCCACAGCCAUGUAAUGCAACAAAGGAGGUUUUAGAGGAAGAUGAUGAAAUUCUUCACAAAAAAGAACAUCCUAGUGAUGUAAAACCAAAGUCUAGGAUUACUAUACCCUCAUUAAAGGAUUUUGAAGAUGUGGAGCGAACAAUACCAAGUACAAAAACGAGAGUAUCUAAUGGGAAAAAGUCAGGCCUACUAAGCAUUCUACCAGAGCCUAGAAAUGUGGUCAGGAGCACAACAAAAUCUCUCAUACCCAAUGUUAUCACACAAAAACCACAAACAAGCACUGCUAAGAGAAAGCCACUGCCUUUGCCAACUAAAAUAACGAAAAUUGAAACUAAAGGUUCAUUAAUAACAGAAUACUCAGAUGACAGUGAUAACGAUGAUGUGCAGAAUGACUUCUUUUCAAUCAACAAACAAGAAGAAUUACCAAUAGUAGAUUUACCAUUAGAAGAUGAUCAAGAGUCUUUAAAUUUGACGAAAAAACAACCAAGAAGUAUUGAGUCUUAUUUCAAGAAAGAUGUAGAAACUGUUGAAAUACCACCAGAACAUAUUGCACCUAGCAGUAGUGAAGAUUAUUAUAGCUUUAAUGUUGAGCAACAGGUAGACAAUGGAGCUGCUGCAAAUUCUAAUGAUAUGGUACUUGAUGAUGAAGCUAUCCUUAAGUUGUGCGGCACGCGCGCCAAACGUAAGCGUGAAGAGAUCCAGAUAGUGGACAUUAACCAACGUGAAGUCCUUGGCGAUGCAAGGGAUUGGCUACUCAAGGGGCUCAUGGAUGACACCAGCUCGCGGCCGUCGGCCAGCAAGAAGCACGGCAAUGAGCCCACAAGCCAGCAGAGGAGGAAACACCAAAUAACAUACUUAGCACAUCAAGCUAAAGCAAACGAAUCAGAACUACAAAACCAAUGGGCUAACAACAGGAUGGCAAAAAGAAAAUCGCAAUCAAAAUAUGGAUUUUAGUAAUAAUGUAGAUAUUAUACUGUAUAUAAUAUAAUUAGUAAUAAAAUAA